AUGAAGUCCCAAAUCAUCGCUGCCUCCGCUCUUUUCCUGGGUGCCUUCGGCCAAUCCACCAUCUACAGUGGAACUGGUUUCGGUACCUACUACUACGACGUCGAGGACAUCCAGGCCUGCGGCACCGACUUCGAAUACCAGAACAUGGGCAAUGUUGAGUGCAACCAACUGACCGGUCUGACCCUGGAUCAGAUCGACUCGAACUACCUCGUUGCCAUGAACAACACUCAGCUCAUCUCAGACCCAUCCCUUUACUGUGGAAAGAAGGUCGUUGUCUCUGUUAACGGCCAGGCGUCCGAUCUACCCCUCUUCAUUGGUGAUGGAUGCCAGCGCUGCGGCACUGGAUCUGCCGACAGCGACACCUGGAAUGCCGAGGGAGCCCCAGGACUCGACUUCAGCUUGACUGUCCUCAACGAGCUGUCUGGCAACAGUGCUUGUGACGAUGGCCAUAUCGAUAUUACCUGGGAAAUUGUGGACGAGACCCUCUACAACUUCGACACAAACGCUCCAGGAGAAUCCACCGGACCUGUCUCCCAGUAA